UCCGUCGCUAGGAGCGUUUGGCGUGACACCCGCAGCUACAGCAUCCGCGUGGGAGCUGGCCCCGGGGUGGAGCCGGUGUCCGUCCCUGUCCGACCUCCAGUUCCCCGAGCACUUGAGUUACCGAGACUGGCGGACUGGGGCUGAGGUUGGGGCCCGGGCUGGCGCCAGGCUCACCUCGGCGUGCACAGCUAAGCUGGAAGCCACGUCCCAAGCUCAGGACCUGCGGCAUCCGGCUCCGCCUGGCCACUUUGAACUGUUCUUCCGAAAAAAAGCUGCUGCCGGCUCUGGGGUUUGGGAGGCGCUCAGAGUCUGCCCGGGGACAGAGCUGGACGCUGUGGGUUUGCGCCCUGGUGGAGAGGGAGGCUCCUGAGCUGCGCGCUCGCCUCUCCUCUAAGGCUUAGGCGCGGAAAGCAGAGAAAUCUUUCCUGGGAUUUUGAGGGGACGGGACCUCCUCACUCGGUCCUCGGUGGAGUCCUUGCAUCUCUCGCGCGGUUGGUCUCCAGGGGCUUGCUGGUUGGCCCUGAUCUGCAAGUGCUCUCUGCUGCCGGGGCUGCUGCUUCGGGUUGGGGCCAGUUCCCGCCAACGACACUCAACGCACCUUUCUCUGUCUUCGUGGACGAGCCGGGUCCCCGCUACCCGGAGCCUGUGGGAAUCCUGCCCCUGUUCCCUGACCCUCGAGUCUCUCUCCGCUUGCGGUGCCUCCUCCUCAGCCUCUGUCCUGGAGGAGAGAGUGGAGACCUGGCUACCUUCAGCUUCCAUUUUGGACGGGUGCGAUCUUCGAGGGGCGCCUUGGUCUCCUAGGGGCCUCUGUGUGUGUGGUGGACUCGGGGUCGGCUGGCCAUGGCCUUCACUUUCGCUGCUUUCUGCUACAUGCUGUCCCUGGUGCUCUGCGCUGCGCUCAUCUUCUUCGCUAUCUGGCACAUCAUUGCCUUUGAUGAGUUAAGGACGGAUUUUAAGAGCCCCAUAGACCAGUGCAACCCUGUUCAUGCGAGGGAACGGCUGAGGAACAUCGAGCGCAUCUGCUUCCUCUUGCGAAAGCUUGUGCUGCCAGAAUACUCCAUUCACAGCCUCUUCUGCAUCAUGUUCCUGUGUGCUCAAGAGUGGCUCACCCUGGGGCUGAAUGUCCCUCUACUUUUCUAUCACUUCUGGAGGUAUUUCCACUGCCCAGCAGAUAGUUCAGAACUAGCCUAUGACCCACCAGUGGUCAUGAACGCAGAUACCUUGAGUUACUGUCAGAAGGAGGCCUGGUGUAAGCUGGCCUUCUAUCUCCUCUCCUUCUUCUACUACCUUUACUGCAUGAUCUACACUUUAGUGAGCUCCUAAAGACCACACACAUCAUCAGAGACUGUGAGAUGGGAGAGGCCUGAGGCCUUCGAGAAGUCCAUUUCUGCUGGUGAUCGGAGGAGGAGCAUGUGAGAAGGAGAACCACGGGCAGACCAACUGAACAGGAAUGGAACCAUGCAGCAGUGGUGGGGGGCUGGGCUCUUUGAGUGUGUCUAUUGUCACCCUGUGUACUACAAUCUUUGGCAUUUGAAUCCCAACAUGGUUGCCCUUCUGAGCAUGGGAGGCAUGGGGAGAGUACAUGACAAAACACUAACCCUCUCCUGAGAUAGAACUGCUGCUUCCCAAAAUCCACUGCAUUGAACAGCGCCUUGGAAAUUCACACUGAGCUGCUGGUCCUGAGUGGAGGCCAGAAGUUUGGAAAGUGCCUGCCAAGCUCUGGAAUGAUCCAAAGUCAAGGUCCUGAAGGCCUCACAGAUGUCCAGGUUACCCAAGACUCUUGUUACGUUCCUCCCGAGCCAUGGCUAUGUCCUUCCCCUAAAAUGGGAAGGGCUGAAAGGUGUGCAGGCUUGACCUCUGGGUUUAACCAGCCUUGAACCUGCAGGGUCAUCUGUUUUCGUGCUCUGCUUUGUGAAAGCCCAGCAUGGUGACAUCAUAAGCUGGAUUUGGGGCAAUAUAUUGGCAAUGAGUUAUGUCCAAAGACAUGGGGGUGACCUGGGGAGAGCGAAACACGGGGAAAGUGGAUUUUAAAAAAUGUUUGCAACAUCUUCAAAGUAUUCUUUACCAAGUUGUAUUUUUCUGUUGCUACCUGAGACCAUCCACAUCCUUUAAUGCAAAUCAGUUGCUCAACUGUAGUCUAAGCCACCUCAUAAAGAUCUCAAGCAGUUCUGAGCCCAGGAAAUCCUGCCGAGUGGCUGCUCUGUAGUGUGGGCAUCCGGCAGCCAGGAAGUGAGACAGCAUAAUUAUAACUUCAUUUUAUGAUGCUGCAUCAUUUGUACUGUUUAGUUCAACAUGAGGACAUCAGCUUAUUUAAAUUUCUCAUUUGGCAUUCUCUCCCUUUGGGUGGGAGUUGUACUGGGGGUUGUAAAUAAUGACAAGGCUGGGAUUUUUAUGAUGUGUAAAUUGGGCACAAUGAUUUUGACCUUAUUCCUCAAACUUCCUUUCUUUUCUAUGGGUUGACACACACAGGCUAUUUAUAUAUGUACUCAUCUCCCAUCCGAAACCUGUGACUCAGGUUUCUGAAUGGUGUUUGUGUAACACGUUGUGUGCUAUGUUUAAAAUGCAACAACAACUUGAGUGUCUCACCUAACUGACUCUUUCAUUUCAAACCCAUUACAGGCUGGAUUCUUCUCCAUAUGGUUGGCAAACUGGUAGGGAGAAAAAGCAAACUUUCAAAAAGGCAUUUGCCUCUAAAAAUUCCACAGACAACAACAUGCAAACCUGCUCUGAGGCUAAUGGAGAAUUAGAGGGGGGUGUCUUGGGAGAAGGCUUCUCUGUGGCCAACACCCAUUUCUUCAGGGUGGGCAAGUCACUGGGGUAGAGCAUCACCUCCAGGAUGGUUGGCUCUGGCUUUGGCUCCACUUCUGGGAUGACUUGUCACCCUCAUCUAGACAAACAAGCCCUGAUUCCAGGCUACAGACAGCAAAUUGAACCCCCAGCCAUCUUGCAAAUGCAACAGAAUGACGAGGGUACACAGUCCCUGUUUCUUUCCACCAAGAAGCUGUGUAUAUGAUAGGAGACACAAGUACGCAAAGACAGCUGAAAUGGAAAUAGGAAAUCAUAAAGGAGGAGGAAACAGAGGUAUCAGCAUCCUAAGACUCUCUAGUUAUUGUGACUAAGUAUUAGUUUUUAAUUGCUAGAGGGCACCUACACUCCCCAAAGAGACAGAAAGAGAGAGAAAGAAAUCCCCCCAUCCACAUAGGGAGUGAUCACACCAUGGUCCCAUCUCC